AUGGAGCCAGAAAGGAAUGAGGAGAGUGUGCCGAAUGCGGAGAAGACCUCUCCCGUUCCACCCGAUUCUCUGCUAACGUCAGGUGCAAUUUCAGGAGGAAACUGUGACGACAUCCGAGGCCGCUUCCAAGCAAACCAGAGGAAGCUGGAAACACCUUACGAGUUCAUUGAUAAGCAUGUGCCGGUUGUGUCAGGCCCAAUUGUCGCCCUGGAUAAACCUGAGAGUGCAUCUUGGAACGCACACAUUGCAACACCACAGCCAAAGAUCAACAAGGGUGGGCCUCAUCCGCCUCCUCCUCCGCCGCCUCGGCUCCGAUCCCCGCGCAGGCCUGCCUCCGAGGCGGAGGGAAAGGCCCUUCUCCGGCUCCGCCGCCUGCCUCCCUCGCGCCCCUUUCCCCCUCCGCCGCCUCCGGUGUCGCCUCAGCCCUCGCCGCCCUUCUCCUCCUCCUUCCUCCUCUUUUCUGCCUCUUCUCGCGAGACUUGGGGGCGGCCGGCCGCGAGAUUUCCUCCCCCUCCCUCACAUCGGGGCGGGGCCACACCGCCUACCCUUCCACAGCCUCGCGAGAUUUGGCUCCGCUCCCUUUCUUCUCGCGAGACUCCGAGCCGCCCUUCUCCUUCGCUCUCUCGUGUCUUCUUCUUCUUCCGCAAGGUCGUCCUGAGCUCACUUGGCCACGCCCCCUUUCCUGCGCAUGCGCCGGAACGAUUGGCUCGCCACGCCCCCUUUUUGCGCAUGCGCCGGAAUGAUUGCCACCACCACCACUACUACUACUACAACCACAACCACCACCAGCAUCACCAGCAUUACGAAGGAGGAGGAAUUGGAGGAGGAAGCAGCAGCAACCAUGGGGCCAAUGGGAAUGAGAGGAAGGCCCCUUUGGCCCCACAGAGGAACCCCAAACACGACCCCAGGAACGGGGGGACAGUGGGGAGCUUUGGGGGGAACCCCCAAGCCGCCCAGGAGCCGACCCGAAGGAGAACAGGCUACGGUGAGCUGAACGGCAACGUUGGGGAGAGGGAAUGCUCCCUGAAAGGCCUGAACGCCGGCGAUGUGCCCAGUCCAAUUUCGAGGGUCACCAAUGGCAGCCAAACCCCAGGAGACACUACUUUCACCCUGAAACCGAUGGCGAAAGGCGGCCCUUUUGGGAAACCGGGGCUCAAGUCCAAGGGCUUCCUUCCGAAAGCGAGCAUGGACAAGAAGAGCGAGAAAUGUUACGAGAGCAAGGCGCGGGAGGAGAAGUCGGAGGCGGUUCCGAUCCCGAAUGGCGUGGUGACGAACACUUCCUGCUACAUCACCAACGGUUACGCCGGCAAAGGGGCCGACAAUGACGGCAGCGGGUCAGAGAGCGGCUACACGACCCCCAAGAAGCGGAAGGGGCGCCCCAAUAGCAUCAAGGGCUGCGAGAGCUUGGAAAAGACGACUCCGCAGGACCCUCCGGUUGCGCCGGAACCGGAAGGCUUCAGACCCGACGGCGGUGGGGAUACAAAAGCAGGGCCCCACAUUGAGGGACUGAAGCCGGCGUGGAAAUGCGAGGGGGGCACUUUGGGGAUGGGACGCGGCAAGCCGGGGCCGACGGAGAUGCCGAGGAAGAACUCGGACACCAAAGUCGGGAUGGUCGGCAAGAAAUUCGAGGAGCGGCCCAAGGGUAAGCCCGUCUCAGCCUCAAAAGAGGACUCCUGGACUCUCUUCAAACCGCCACCCGUUUUCCCCGUUGACAACAGCAGCGCCAAGAUCGUCCCGAAGAUCAGCUAUGCCAGCAAGGUGAAGGAGAACCUCAAUAAGUCCGCACAGAACCCCACGUCGUCCCUGUCAUCGUCGUCCUCCUCUUCUUCGUCCUCUUCCUCCUCUUUGUGUUUAUCAUCCGCCACAGACGGGCCGCUCCCGACUCCCAACCGCCUCUCCCAAGUCCCUAUGUCUGCCAUGAAAUCGGUCACUUCGGUCAACUUCUCCAACGGGCCGGUUCUGGCGGGUGCUGACCGCGGAGUCUCGUGUCCGGUGGGUACUCAAUCGCUGCUCGUCCCCGCAUCCGGCGCCAUCUUAUUCACCCCUUCCGAGUCGGCGCCCCCAGAGGAACCCAAGCCGAGCCUUUUAAUCUACCCGUCAAAUAUGCAAGCCCUCCUCCUCGAUGCCGCGAGCCGAGCCGAGCCCGCUUCUUUCCAGGGCCACCUCCAGCAGAACCUGGGGGACAUUUUCCAGAACAAGUGGGGCCUGUCGUUCAUCAACGAGCCCAGCGCGGGGCCGGAGAAGCCGGCGGAGGGUCAGGCCCCAGAGGUGACGUUUCAUGGGGAGUUCCCCGGCACUUUGGCCGCUCCGACGGGGCCCAACCCACCACCCGCUUUCCCCAAGGCUUACGAAUUGGACAAACGGACUUGUCCGCCACCGCUCCUGAACAAUCUCCUCAAGCUGGGGACACCCUGCGAUGGAGGCGGCGGAGGCGGCUUCUUUUUGGACUCCCAUCCUCCGGGGGGACCGCGCCUGGCCGACCUCGGGGCCCCCGGGGGCCCCUUUGUCUUUCUUGCCAAGGACUGCCACGUCGAGAACCGGCUGGCUUCCCCUACGAACAAUUUGUUAGCCUCCGCCAAAGAACAGAGGUACCCGAGAGGCCUAGAACGGAAAGAGAGUUGGGGUGACUUCGACCUGCGGGCCGCCGUUCUAUAUCAUACUCAAGAAAUGGAAUCUCUUUGUAAUUUGCAAAAACAAGACCCCAAAAGGAUAAUCACGUACGACGAAGCCAUGGAUCGCCCAAAUCAAUGAGAGGAAGAGGAAUCCCGACCCAUCAUCGCAGCCUCGUCCGGAAGCGUCCCCGAGCGGGGUGCCAUGUCCGCCGGAGCAACCCGCGACGCGACGGCAGCCCAAGGAACCCCGAACUAGGAUAAUAUAUACAAAUGUAUCCAUAUAUAUAUAUAUAUAUCGGAAUAUAUAUAUAUGAAUGAGCUACUUUAAAAAAAAAUAACACUCUGGGCAUCAGGAGACGGCGUUGGCAGAGACUCCCUUUACGCGGUUUAUUUAAAGCCUUCGGUCCUCGCUUCUUCCUGUUUAUCCCUUCUAUAUUUUGAAUAUAUUCCCCUCCGAAAAAACAACAACAUUCUGCCAGUCGGUUCCGGACACCUUCGGGAUUAUUUUUCUUUUUUCGCUGGGAUUCUGCAAUCGUCGGUAACACACUAAUCGCAAGCAAAUGAGGACAAGAUCCUUCUCUUUCCAGUUGCCAGGAUCCUCGGAAGAAAAGAACGAGAGAAAGAAAGGAAGAGAAGUCGGAAGGGCAGGCUUUGCAGGGUUGUCGUUCCUCCUUCCCUCUGUCGUUUCCUGGUUCCGAUUUUCCAGAUCAGGAGAAGAUGUUGGUCUUAAAAAUAUUCAUUUCAUCUCUCUGUUUGCACCUUCUCUCUUUUCCCGCGGUGUCGCUCGAAUCCAGAACCCCGAAAUACGGACCUGUGGCCCCGGAUUUGGAGUCGGAAGGGGGAAAAAACUCUUAUUCUGGAGCACAAGAGGCCGUGUUUGCACCAUGCUCUUUUUUUCUCCCGACAGGAAGUGUUGCGGGUCUCGAUUUAUGUCACUUCCUGUUUGGGGAGAAAUGCCUUCCUUGUUGAUUUUCAGGGCAUUCCUUUCUGGGGAAGGAAAUGCCUCUCCUCUUGACCAGGGAACGCCCUUUUCCCCCUAACAGGAAGUGGUGUGGAUGUCGACUUACAUCACUUCCUGUUUGAGGAAAAAUGCCUUCCUCAUUGAAUUUCAAGUCAUUUCUUACAGGGGAAGGAAAUGCCUUUUUUCUUGAACAGGGAACGCCCUUUUCCCCCCAACAGGAAGUGGUGUGGAUCUCGACUUACGUCACUUCCUAUUUGAGGAAAAAUGCCUUCCUCAUUGACUUUCAAGUCAUUUCUUUCAGGGGAAGGAAAUGCCUUUCCUCUUGACCAGGAAAUGCGAUUUCCACCCCAACUGGAAGUGAUGCAGGUCUUGACUUCCGUCACUUCCUGUUUGGGGAAAAAUGCCUUUCCUCUUGACCAGGGAAAGCUUUUUCCCCACAACAGGAAGUGAUCUGGAUCUCAACUUAUGUCACUUCCUAUUUGGUGGAAAACGCCUUCCUCGUUGACUUUCAGGGGAAGGAAAUGUCUUUAUUCUUAACCAGGAAAAACUUUUCCCCCCCAACAGGAAGUGAUGCGCGUCUCGACUUAUGUCACUUCCUUUUAGGGGGAAAACGCCUUCCUCAUUGACUUUCAGGGGAAGGAAAUGCCUUUAUUCUUGACCAGGAAAACCUUUUCCCCCCCAACAGGAAGUGAUGUGGGUCUUGACUUGUGUCACUUCCUGUUUGGGGAAAAACGCCUUCCUCGUUGACUUUCCAGUCAUUUCUUUCUGCGGAAGGAAACACCUCUCCUCUUGAACAGGGAAAGCCUUUUCCCCUCAACAGGAAGUGAGACGGGUCUCGACUUAUGUCACUUCCUGUUUUGAAUUUCCGGGGAGCAAAACACCUCUCCUGUUGACUUCUGUCCCUUCCUGUGAGACCUCUCCUAGACCUAAGAUUGAUAUUUAGAGGCAAAAUAAUCAAAAAUAAA